AUGUCGGUGAUAUUUCUGAAUUCACCUGAGCACAGAUGCAAAAUCCCUGGCCUUGAGAAUGACACGUACGACAUACACAGUGCCUAUCAGCAGAACCUUGUCAACAACUACAUACCUCCCUCAACAGAUGAUGACACCCUCGACUAUGACCAGUGCCAUCUAUACUCGUUUGAUAACAACAAUGUCAAGUUCGACAACCCCAGCAGACCAAUUAAUGCUUCACUCGUUAAAUGCCACGAGUGGGUGUACAGUGAUUCUGUGUUCAAAGAAACGUUUACAUCGAAGUUCAAUAUCGUGUGCAAUGAUACCUUCCUUAUUCCGUUGGUAAAGUCAAUGUAUAUCGUCGGGAAGUUUGUCGGCGCUUGUGUGUUUGGUAAUCUAUCUGAUGCGAUUGGUCGUAAAAUAACAUUUUUCGUUGCCAUUAUGAUGAUGUUUGGACUGACGUUCGGAAUGUCUUGGUCUUCGUCCUACACCAUGUUCGCUGUCAUCAUGACGGCAAUAGGUGCAACUACACAGGGAAUCUUCCCUGUCGGGUUCGUCCUUGGUCUUGAGCUAGUUGGUCCGUCAAAACGAAAAUACACUGGCAUAGUUAUCGAAUAUUUCUUUUCUGUGGGAUUGAUGAUUCUGGCCGGUGUCAGCUACUUAGCCCGUCAUUGGCACUAUAUUAACAUUGUUUGUUCGGCACCGGCUGUUUUGUACAUUUUUUACUGGUGGUUUAUUCCUGAAUCCCCUCGUUGGCUAAUCAAUAAACACCGAUAUCAAGACGCCGACAUGGUUAUCAAGAGGAUGGCCAAGGUGAACAAAAGGAAAAUAGAAAGUGAUCUUUGGGAGAACGAAGGCGAGACUAAAGUGUCUGAACCAACUGGAAGCGUAUGGCAAUUGUUCUCAAGCGGCAUGCUUCUGCGCACACUCGUUAUUUUGUUUAACUGGUUUACAGUGUAUAUGACCUACUACGGACUGACUCUAAUUGCCGGUAACCUCGAAGGAAAUUUCUACGUGAACAUGUUUGUAUCGGGGCUGGUAGAAAUUCCAGCUCAUACCAUGGUCCUACUUUUAAUUGGUCGAGUAGGCAGGAAAACAGUUUACAGUCUCAGUUUGACACUUGGAGGGUGCGCAUGUGCAUCGACAAUAUUCCCCAUUGCUGAUAGUGAAAUUGAGAACCAGACCAUUAUUACAACACUUGCCAUGAUUGGUAAGUUUGGUAUGUCAGCCGCAUACAGCACGCUAUACCUCUAUUCUGCUGAGUUGUUUCCUACGGCAAUCAGGAAUGCAGGGAUGGGUGCCUGUAUUUGUACAGCGAGAAUUGGAGGAAUCGUGGCACCCUACAUCGCAGACUCGGCAGCCUUGAUAGGUGGCAUGUUCGGGAAAGUAUUUCCUUUGGGAUUAUUUGGAGUGUUUUCUAUCAUUGCUGGGUUAUCAUCCUUGACCUUACCAGAAACGUUGAACAAAACAUUACCGGAAACAAUGGAAGACAGUAAACUGCUUGGAAAGUCUACCUACAUGUCGCUAGAGGACAACGGAAGCAAAGACAAGAUACCUUUCUAUGAAAAUAAUGGAUACCUCUCAGAAGAGGGACUUACCCGACUUUAGUAAAAGUUGUAUCCAUUUAACGGGAAAACAUAUAUAAAUCAUUUGUCUUCUUCGCAUAGCGGCAUUCAACAAUCCUCUUUGUGUAUAUCAGAAACGGUUACAUUGUGCAGACAUGAGUUAGAGGUUAUUGUCAAACCUAAUUGUGUUGAUAUCUGGUAUAAUUUAUA